AUGAUGGAAGUCAACUCCAGUCCAAUUUCAGAGCUGAGCACGCCUCUACUGGGAACAACCCAACAAGAGGAAGGUGUUCAAACCAAGUCCAUACCAAACAGCGAAGAAGAGACCGAAACAUCUUCCCAAUUUCGUUUUCAUAACCCAAGAUGGCUCUGUUAUCAAAGAAUCGUAUUGGGUUUGAGCUUGCCGCCACUCUAUUUCCUGGCCGUGGAGAUGACCAAAGAACAUUGCUACUUUUGUCACCGAGCGAUUGAUGAUUCUUCCAACACCUGUAUCGUUGUGGCUGCUGCCCUUUGGGGAUCCCUCAUGGCAACUCUUUAUGAGCAAUGCAAUCGUAAUCACCACUGCUGUGCCAGUGUCUUUGGAGGAGCCUUAGCCGCGUCAGGAUCACUCUAUACUAUGUGGAUGCUACUGGAAAGUAUUGCAUCGAAUGAUGUGGUAUUUUUGUUUGCUCUGUUGGUGGGAGUGCUGGGAGCCAUGCCAGGAAUCUUGUUGUACUUUGUGGCCAAGAUUUUUUGCAGUGAAUUCUCCAAGCAAACGAAUGUAGGGAAUGAAGCUACGAGGGAACGAGUCAUGUCUGCCGACACUGUCACGGAAGUCGAAGAAGAGAUGAUUGUGUGA